GAUCGGGCCACUGAAGUCCUUUACCGCGGUUGUUGGACCCAAUGGAUCAGGUAAAUCAAACUUCAUGGAUGCUAUAAGUUUUGUUAUGGGCGAGAAGACCAGCAGUUUACGUGUCAAAAGAUUCAGCGAACUUAUCCAUGGAGCAUCUAUAGGAAAACCAGUGUCACGUAGUGCGUCUGUUACUGCCGUUUUUGAGCUUGAAGACGGAAAUGAAAAGUCUUUUAUGCGAUCUGUUCAAGGCUCAUCCUCAGAGCAUCGUAUCAAUGGAUCUGUAAGUUUUGCUUUCUCCGAGCAGUCCAUGCCUACAUUAUUGUCAAUCAUUUAG